UAUAGAGUGCCAUUCUUCCUCAUCAAAAAACCCAACCGCAAAAAAAAUUGUUUUUAGGCUGGGAGCCUGGAGCGGAUUAAUGGCAUUUCCUUUCACUUCAAUGGGGAAAGAUGAUUUGAGAUAAGAGUCUUUUGAGUUAAGAGUGUGCUCCAAGGAAUGAAUUAAUCUCGUAUCUCAAGGCACCACUUUACCGUGGUUAGCAAAUGUUUCUUUUAACACCCGCCUCCUGCCCGAAGAUAGCUGGGAUAAGCUCCAGCACUCCCGCGACCCUUGUGAGGAUAAGCGGCUCAGAAAAUGGAGGGAUGGAUGGAAUAAUCAAACUAAUGAGGGCUUAUGUUGUAUUUGACAGUCUGAUUACUACUAGUUAGUGUGUUAGAAUGCAGAACAGUAUAUAUGCACAAUAGAAUAGUAGGAUUGGUCAAAUAAAAUCAUAAAUAAAUACAAUAAAAUUAAUACAUUAAAAGUACCAUCAAUUCAAAUAAAUCUAAUAAAAAAUAAAUACAAUUUAAGUGAAUGCUUACUAUGAGGAACAUCGAAUACCAGCAUCAAAAUUGUGAUGUCUGAAAAACUUUUUACAUGUGAAUGUCCAUACUGCUUAUCAAUGUAGUAGUCUGAGGCUCAUGCCAGGAGUUGAAAUAAAAAUAUGCUGAAAAAAUAGGAUGACAUUUCUUCUGCUUCUACCUUUUUAAUUUUAUUUUUAUUAUAUAUCUUGUUAAAAUACUUUUUGAAUUCACUUGUACUAAAUAUAGUGAACAAGGGAUUUAUACUUUUUUUUCAAAUAUUAUAGUUAAUUUUCAUUUUAUAAUUCAUUUUUCAUUUUACCACUACGAGGGGAGAAAAGACGUCAACAUCAAAAACAUUUAAAGUGCGUAUAAAAUGUUACGUAAAACCCAUUGAUUUUAUGUCUGUGAACGUUGCACCAAAGAUUGACUGAAUGGUUAGUAAUGGUGUUGUGGGUGUGUUUGUUUGUUUCAAUUUUGUCAUUAUUCUUAUUAUUAUUAUUAUUAUUAUACAUGAAGCCAGGUCACAUUGACCCACGAACAUGCUACAAAGAAACAAACAUAACUGGAGGGUUAACGUGCUGAAAGCCAAGCAGGUUCUUUACCGAGAGUCCAGACUGACAGUGGAUGUAAACAAGCCACACACCGGCCACAACACUUGGGACACCUGCACGAUCUCUUGUAUGAGAUUCAAUACAAGAGCUGGAUCAAAAAUCCAGCUUUUACAAAAAGUUCAUUUAUGAGCUACAUUAAUUUGGCCAUACAUCUUUAAUUUGGAGUAUACAGUGGUAGUGCAUCAAAUUGCUGUUUCUAGUAUUUUAGUUGUUCGGAAAAAACACCCAGUCUGAUGACUGUAUGCCACAUCCACAUACGCACACUUAUACCUUGUACUGAGGGUGUGUUUCAUUGAAAAGCAUGUAAACAUUACUUAUUACAUUACUUAUUAAUUACUUAUUAUCAUUACAUACCAUAAGGGGCCGUUCAUUUAUGAAAAAAAUAUAACGCCGCCUGGUGCACAAUUUUUUAGGUUGAAUGGGGGGCAUUUAAUAAUACUUUCUCUAAGGUUUUGGAAGACCUAAGCAGACUUGGGACAGCUGCAGUGUCCAAGCCUCUAGUUAAUGUAUAACAAGUGUUAGUCAAAGGCCUGAGGUAGAAAGCAGUUGCAGCCAUUUUAGCCACACUCGACAUGAACCUUCCACCAUUUAGUAAAUACUCCAUAAUCCUUACAGGACUAUCUGACAGGUGUUGUUACCAUGGUGACCCUCAAUCGCUUGAGUGUAGAAGACCCCCAAGAUGUUCUUCCACUGCUGCCUGAGACUGCAGAGGCAAAAGUGAUGACACCUGUAGUACACAAACAAGAAACAACACCAUGCAGAGACUUUUUCAUCAGCAGGCCUGAGAAUGCUGUCCUCAGUGUGAUUCUUCUGGUCGGGUGCUACUCUGCAAUUCUGAUUCCAGCAUAUUUCCCCCUGCAUAAACUCUCUGUUACUGAUGAUCAAUAUCCCAAAUGGGAGGAGGUGCUUAACCGUUCAGCCUCGCUGCUGUCAGGCCGGUGUCAUCGUCGCUGGUGUGUGGAGCGCCUGAAGCAGCUGCCAUGCUCUUCGGCCCUGAUGAACAUCUCUGUGUUCGUGCGGCGAGAAGCGAGCGCCGCAUCAUGGGAUACGCCCCCUCCUCUGGGGCUCCGCGGGAGCCGAGAGCAUCUGGCCCGGGCUCUGGCAUCUAUGCCUCAGCCCGGCCUGCCUCAAUCUUUGCAGAGAGGCGGCGGCUGCAGAAGAUGCGUGGUGGUGGGCAGCGGAGGGGUCCUCCACGGGAGCCACCUUGGAUCUCAUAUAGAUCAGUACGAUGUCAUCAUUAGGAUGAACAAUGCUCCAGUGCUUGGCUAUGAGACAGAUGCUGGUUCUCGCACCACCAUCCGCUUGAUUUAUCCGGAGGGAGCACCCAGCUCUGCCGAUGAGUACAGCAAGACCUCCAUCAUUGCUCUUGUGGUGUUCAAGAGUCUGGACCUAGACUGGCUCACCUCUAUCCUCACCAAAAAACCUCUGGGCUUCUGGUCCAAGUUGUGGUUUUGGAAGGAUGUAGUGGAUGAUAUUCCCUUGAGAGCAGAGAACUUCCGGAUCCUCCAUCCAGACAUUAUUCGCAAGACUGGAGAAGUCCUGCAGAAAUACUCACAGAAACAAGGAAAUGUGGUUCAUGACGUCAGCUCUGAGAAGCUCUUUCUGAGGCAGCUGGUGGCAGCUGGCGCUGUCAGCGACCUCACGGGAGCGCUGUGAGGUGGACGCGCAGACGCUGACACUAACAUGAACUCAACACGUGCCCGCCUC